AUGAUCGCCACUAUGGCGUACAUCGUCAGAAACUGGGAGUCAUAUGGUAAUGAGUUUCUGAAAGCAUUCAACGAUAAAAGAUAUUUGCUAGCUGCACUGAAAGGUUUCAGAAAUGGAAUUGCGUAUGGAACUCGAAUUCGAGCCCCUCAUGCGUUUGUCAUGGUUUUCCUAUUUGGCGAAGGAACGUUUUUGGAAAGGCUGCAGACGAUCUUUCGUCUAACGAGGAUACAUGCUAUGAAUCUUGCAAAGUUCACAUUUAGCUACAAGCUUAUCACAGCCGCUCUUCAAAAAAUGCAAGGACGAGCCCAAGAAUGGCAUGCUUUUGCUGCAGCUUUCAUAAUGGGUUAUUUCGUUUUCGGUGAGGAUAAUUCUGUAAAUAUGCAGAUAAACUUAUAUUUGUUGUCAAGGAUAACUGUAGGGCUAGCCAAACUCGCCGCCGAUAACGACGUCGUACCUCGACCGAACUUUCCCGUGUUCCCACUGUUCGGUGCUCUUGUGUGGGGUAUCGUACUGUGGCUAUUCGAGCAUCAUACGAAUGUCUUACAAGGAGCUCUUGUGAAGAGCAUGACCUAUCUGUACAAGGAUUCCAACCAUUGGACCGAUAUUCGAAAUUUCCUUUUGAGUAACAAAUAG